UUCAUCGCCGAAUCUCAUUGACUUCUUACGUAGUGAGUUCGUCAGUGGGUGUGUGGUGUUCGUCGAUUGAGUUUCCAGUUGUCUGUCGAUUCGAAUAAUUGUGCCAUGUUAUGCAAAGUCUGGAUUCUUCUCCUGAUUAUGCCAUGAAAAGUAACUCGAACCUCGGAGGAGUGUCACAAGUUCAAGCUAUGCCGUGCCCAACGCCAGCCAGACGGAGGCAUCGAACCACGUUUACCCAGGAACAAUUACAAGAAUUGGAACUGGCCUUUUCCAAAUCACACUACCCCGACAUAUAUUGCCGAGAAGAAUUAGCUCGGCUGACCAAACUCAACGAAGCCAGAAUCCAGGUGUGGUUUCAAAAUCGCCGGGCUAAGUACAGAAAGCAGGAAAAACAGCUCCAAAAAGCCAUUAGCGGGUCGAUAUCAACCAGCGGGCAACCCAAAGGCUUUUAUAGUAGCAAUAACUCGGGAUCCUUUCCACCACGAAAUUUAUCACAUUAUCAUCCAUCGUUUGUGAACAUGUCCAGGAAUGGGGGUGUUAACGGAUUGCACAGUGAUGAGAGAGGAUUGUUUUCUACUUACGACCCAACGCUAUUUUAUGGUACCUAUACUUACCAUUACGACCGUGAUAUAUGUUCCAAGGGAUACAGCGAGCCUUUGGUGAAGAAGCACGAGGCAGAACCGGAAGAGAACCCGGCGGUCAAACUUCCUUUUUCCGAGUCAAUGCCAUCGCCUUUGUUCCUAUAUCAGAAACACGAAUCAGACUCUUUUUUCAGUCAUAAUGACUUAAAUUACAACUACUGUGGUAAAAUGUAAAAAGUGAAAUAUCAAUAUCGAUGUAUGAAUCUUGUCAUGUCUUCCCAUAUCAAGAUACUCCAUUCAUUUUGGAACGUCGAAACCAGUUUAGCAGAAAUGGGCACACUAAAAAAGGGGAUCUUUGAUUACAAAAAGCAAAAUAAGGCAAAAAAGACAUGCCUUAGCGAGCUUACAUUUUUUUUGGUGGCGUAUCGAAAAAGCAGAUUAGCAAACGCACGGCAAGAAACAAACCACUCAUUGGGUCAAUUGUUGUAAAGAUAACAGGGUUCACUCAAUAA